CCCGGACCAGGCUGCCCAGAUGCGGGCGCCACUCUGCCUGCUCCUGCUCGUCGCCCACGCCGUGGACAUGCUCGCCCAGAACCGAAGGAAGAAGCAAGUGGGCACUGGCCUGGGGGGCAACUGCACGGGCUGUAUCAUCUGCUCAGAGGAGAAUGGCUGUUCCACCUGCCAGCAGAGGCUCUUCCUGUUCAUCCGCCGAGAAGGCAUCCGCCAGUACGGCAAGUGUCUGCACGACUGUCCCCCUGGCUACUUCGGCAUCCGCGGCCAGGAAGUCAACAGGUGCAAAAAAUGUGGGGCCACUUGUGAGAGCUGCUUCAGCCAGGACUUCUGCAUCCGGUGCAAGAGGCGAUUUUACUUGUACAAGGGGAAGUGUUUGCCCACCUGCCCGCCAGGCACUUUGGCCCACCAGAACACACGGGAGUGCCAGGGGCAGUGUGAACCGGGUCCCUGGGGCAGCUGGAGCCCCUGCGCGUACAACGGAAAGACCUGCGGCUCGGCUUGGGGCCUGGAGACCCGGGUACGAGAGGCUGGCCGGGCUGGGCAUGAGGAGACAACCACCUGCCAGGUGCUUUCUGAGUCAAGGAAAUGUCCCAUCCAGAGGCCCUGCCCAGGAGAGAGGAGCUCCGGCCAGAAGAAGGGCAGGAAGGACCGGCGCCCACGCAAGGACAGGAAGCUGGACUACAGGCUGGACGUGAGGCCGCGCCAGCCCGGCCUGCAGCCCUGACCACCGGCUCUCCCGGCUCUCUGGUCCUAGUCCUCGGCCCCUGCACACCUCCUCCUGCUCCUCCUCCUCUCCUCUUACCCUUCCUCCUCCGUCUCCUCCAUUUGUCCUCUCUUUCUUUCCACCCUUCUAUCAUUUUUCUGUCAAUCUAC